UUCAGGACUGACUUACGAGCGCGCCCUGUCAUCGGCAGGAGGAAGGAUCCUUCCCCGGGACGGCGCGUCCGGAGAGCCCCCUCAGGCCCCCUGCGCGGCGCCGCUCUCCCCAAGGCCGGUCGUCGAGUCGUCCGCAUUAAGGAACCUCGUCCCUCGUCCCGCUCUCUGUCGCCGCCACGCCCCUCGCCCGCCGCUUCGUCGUCGCCCUCUCGAAGUCGCUCUGAUUCGCGCCCUUCAUCGCGCCCUUCCUCAUCGGGACCCUCCUCCAGGAGCCCUUCCUCGUCCCGUUCAGACCUCCUCUCCGACGCGCGGCCCUCUUCACGCCCCUCCUCACGCCCCUCCUCCUCACAGCUUUCGUCCCGGAGCCCAUCCUCAUCGCCGUCCAGAGGUCGCUCGCCCCGGAAAACUGGCGGACCAAAGGGCCAAGCGGAGGACGCCAAGGCCACCGAGGGAACAAGGAUCCCCCGCUGCUCUCCCCGGUCGUCGCAGACAGGCCUCUUUCCACCCGGAGGUGACGGAGAAGACGUCGUGAGUCUGGAGGAGAUCGAGGACGUGGUUCGAUGGGCCGAAGGCGUCCGCGAAGAGCUGCGGGGGGCAGAGAAUGUCGGCGCGAUGCCUGAUCUCCUGCCGCCUUCCCGACUUUCUCUUAUCCUUCAGCAGCUGGCCGACGGCACAUUUGAUGAGGAUAAGUACAUAAUUGGAAAGCGAGUUGAUCACUAUAUGACUCGCGCCACUGAUAAUAAACGUGCCACGAAGAAGGAAGGGACGGGUUUGGGCUCAGCUGCAUCCCCGACUUGGGCUCCAGAAACCCGACGACCUGCCUGGCCUGCUCACCCCAGGGCAUCUCCCUCGGCGCCUGCACAGCCCCUUACUUCGCAGGGGCCCUCGCUUCCGGCGCCACACCCUCCGCCUCUCUUCUCCCAUCUCCCGAGAGACUUUGGCCCAAUGGCUCCUCUGGGAUCCCUGAAGGAUUUCGAUUACUCCGGUCACGGCAUUUACAAAAGUGAGGCAGUGAGAGCUCAAGAGAAGAAGAAAGGAAAAAGGGAAUCCAAAAGAAACCACAAAGUGACCGGCCGAGCAACAGACAGUGCUAAGCCGGGGCAGAGAGAUCAGGCCACGAGUAGUAGAGUCACCACAAGAGAUCAAGCCACAGACGGCGCCAAGGUCGUCACCAGAGACCAAGGGACGGAGGUCAGCAAGUCCCUCAAAAGAGACCAAGCCACAGAAAGUGCGACACGAAGCACGAAAACAUUAGGAGUGCUCACCGAUCCUGCGGUCUCACAAGGCACCCAAGCAGGGGGCAAGGAGAGCAGGCUCCAAAUAGCUCCACAAGGAUGGGUAAAUAUUCGAAAUGAAAAUGUCGUUGAGGUUCUUCCAGGAGUUUCCAUUAUCCCCCGGCCACAUCAUAGCAGCAGGAAGCAAGCAACACACGCCCUUAUGGAGUAUGUCCAUCCGAACUCAGCUACGGAUGAGUCGGCCUCUGAGAUUGACGAGGCUUCGCGCAGACGUCUCCAAAUGGACGAAAGGAGCCCCGACGGAGAGCCCGAGAUGCUGCAGAACUCGAUUUCCGUGACAUCCGAUAGAAGUCAUGCUUCUGAUGGAAACAAACCGAAUGCAGAUGGUGGUAUUCAAGAGUCAGCAGAACCAGGAACGAGUAUAGAAGAUGGCUUGAAAAUGGAACAUCUCACAAUCGACGAAUCACGGAGUCGACGCCAAGAGGAUGGAGAAAGCAGGACGAGCUAUUUUUCCCCGAGGUUCCCAGCGCAACCUUCCUUGCCUUCAGCUCGCGGGGAAGAGGAAGAUGCGCCCUUGGAGGAACGACUGAACGAUACACAGAACGAAGCCGGAAGCCAGCACGCAGCCGACCAUCCACAGGUAGAAUACAUCUACGUAUUUCAGGAUGACGCAGAACAGGAGGUGCCCGAAGACCGUGGAAGAGAGAAUGAAGAAGGCGAUGAGUGUGGCGACUUGCCCGGGUACAUGCCCAGAGUCCAGUGGAGGGAGGUGACGACUGGCAGCAAGAUGUUCGACGAUGAAGAGAGGAUGGAUCGAAGGAUGUUGCAGGAAGCAGAGCAGCGCCUGCUAGAACACGAACGCCGACACCGCUUGCUAAACAGCCUCCAAGAACGCUUAAGCAGACUGUUGCACACUGGAGCUCAACCACACGAGGAAAAUUAUAUAACCUCAGCUGCGCCACAGACGGAUGUUGCAGAAGAAUCACUGGAAGAUGCACAAGGCGAGAUCCAGUCACCAGACGCCGUAACAAGGGAAUACUUGACAGCCCUGGUAAAGGAAAGAUUACAAGCAUACAAGCUACAGACAAAGGACAAGGAACCCGAAGCAGCAGUGCCCACGACCCCUCCGACGUCCCCCUCGCCGCGGGAGGAGUGCGCCGCCCCCACAGAAGUCGCUCCUCCGCCAGACACGCCAAGGGACCUGCUUCCGGAUCAGCCUGCGGUAGGGAAGGUACGGACGCCCUCGCCCUCCCCACCGCCGAGUGAAGCCCCAGCCCCCAGGAGAGAAUCGACGCCCCAGCUUUCUCGGGAAAGCUCAGACGAGGAAGAGGUCCCUGAGGUGAUCCCAACGCCCCCUUCUUCGCCUCCGCACGAACCGGCAGUCCGAGAGGACCUCCGCCCCACGCCGCACACUCCAGCUCUCACGCCAGUCUCAUCUCCAGCCAAACGCCAGACUGCAGUAACCCCCUCGCACUCGCCAGAGACUUCCCCGCGACGCAAGGGACCUGAAGUUGGCCCAGUCGUUACUCCCGCUGACUCGCCCGUCCACACCCACCGCUCCGGCCGCUCCGCACGCACGCCGUCGCAAUCUCCGUCGCCCCGGAAGUCGCCCACGUGUGCCGUCGCCGUCCCUGACACCCCGACGCCGUCUGUCCCGUCUCCAGGUCCUCGUCCUCCUCCAGACGAUGCCAUUCUGCCUCCUUCAGACACGUCCAAUCUUCAGGCAGAAGAGUUUCGCACGAGAGUCUCACCUCCGCGGGAUCCCGGAGCAAGGCAGCUCACACCGCCCAAGAUAGAUGAGAGAAAAUUUAGUGAUGAAGAUAUCCAGAUUGAGUAUGCGAAUGUCAGUGUGGAUCUGUUAUCGCCUGAGACGCCGUCCGUAGUGUGCAAUUCGUCUUCAGACGUUACUGUUGCUUCAUCCGUAGAGGCUGUUGACCUGACCGGAAUAAGUGUCUCUGACGGCGAAAUUCUUGGAGGACCAACCAGUUCCGUCAGCCUCUCUUUAGAAGCCGGGGAAGUGGCAAAGCCCGACUGCAUGUGCCUCUUGGCCGCUGCCAAGAGUGGUACAUUGCAGAAAGGAGCCACAAAGAUGCAAAAGACAGCCCUAUGCAGUUACCACGAGAGCUUGCUGCAGCGAUCGGAAGGAGAGGUGGAGUGCAGCGAGACGAGCGAAGGCCUCCUGCUUGUGGGUCACAGCGUCGGGGAAGACCAGACCAUCCAGGAUUCCCCGGAGCAAAGCCUUCUGGGCGACGAGGCUGCGAGUGAAGCAGCAGGAAGUGUGCAGGUGUCGGUCGUGCGAGACGAGAGCUACUCGAGCGGCGACACCCAAGGCCUUCCGAGACAGCAUCUGGAAGUCCUUCAGAGGGAGAACACAGAACUUCUCAAUCGACUGAGAAACCUCGGGUCCAUGAACUUCCUAAGGAGAAGUUUCCAGUCGUCUUCUUCGUCGUCUUCUAAAUAAUGACUUUUAAGAUUAGAAGAUUUUUUAAAGUUUUAGUAUAUAUAUGUUAUGUAUUUAGAAUGUAAGCUAUAUUAGACUCAGGUGACAUCCCUAUUUGAAAUAUGAAAUGUCUAGUGUGUAUGCGAAAUGCGAUAAGACACUUUAAGACAGAAAUAACUCCUUUUAAAAAAUAGGUUUCUCCUUUGUAUACUGGAUUUAUGUAUUGUAUUACUUCGCUUUUAAGCAAAUUCAUGUUUUUUAUGACUUUAACUUUUUAAAAGGUUACUGCAUACAAGCCGGUUUAAAAUUACCAGAAAUUGGAAAUUUUUCUUAUGGCAUAUUGGAUAUAAUGGUGUUUUUUUGUGUUUUUUUUUCUCUCUCUCUCCAAGUGCCCUGUCCCACAAGGACGAUGGCGAUCAUGGAUUUCCAUGAUUUUCUUGACAAAUUUAGAGCGGUGGUUUGCCGUUGCUU